AUUGUCUGCUGCCAAGCUGGAGGAAGAUCGCCAACCAUCAUGCAAGCUAACAGGGCUUUGAUUCAUGCGUGCAAAUAUGGCAACGUCAACGACGUGCGGCGGUGCAUCGAGGAAGAAGGCUUCAAUGUAGAUGGUGCGGGAGACAACUGGACUCCCCUGAUGUGGUGCGCCUAUUAUGGCCACGUCGAUGCUGCUAAAGUGUUGGUUGAGCAUGGUGCAAGCACCGACAUCGUGUUUGAUGGCAAAGAUGCAAUGGGCUGCGCGCGGGAUAACAACCAGACUGCAAUUAUGGAUUACUUGUCGUCCUUGCCCCUAAAGAAGCCAGUCGCCGUGCGACACAAGGACACCAUGCCCACGAUCAGUGCCGACGUAUUGCUCCAAGCAUGCAAGUCUGGAAACAUCGACGACGCUCGCGUGUGUUUGAACGAGGGAAUCGACGUGCGUGGCAAAGGUGAUGACUGGAGUCCCUUGAUGUGGAGCGCGUAUCAUGGCCAUAUCGAUGUCGCGGUCCUUCUGCUGGAACACGGCGCAGAUCUCAACUAUGUGUUCGUUCACGAUGGCAUGACGGCGAUGGAUUGUGCAAAAGCCAACAAUCAAAUGGAAUUCGUGGCAUUCUUGAAGAAACAAGCUAAGGAUGGUCGCCGCGUCCGCUUUACUUCGUCGACCAUCGACCGUCCAUCCGAGCUGCUUCUUCCGUCGUCCUGUGGACCUGCGGGCUGCUGUUCCAUUAUUUAGAUUUGUGACUGUACGCGUCGCUCUUUUCUUCAUCCAGUUGUGCCUUCAACACAAAGGCGUCGACUCUCGUGCUAGUUGUUGUGUACAUAGCAACGUGGUUUGUCCGCACUGACAAGUAUUCUGUCAGCUGAUGCCUC